UCAGUCCUUCUGCUCAAAACAGUUGAAAAUUAUUAAGUAGAUAUCACCAUACAUGUUUUUUUUUAAAGAGAAACUAAAUUGUUACCACCAAUGAACCAUCACUUCGGGCCGGAUGGCCCCCGCUGGCAACGGCAUCGUUUUCCCAGUUUGGGAGACGAAAUGGGUGUCAAGGCGGAUGGACUGGUGUCCAGCCUUGGCAGCUCGGGAAUCGUGGAAAUGGGCUCCCGCUUCAAGAAGGGUUGUCUGAGCACAAAGGAUGCAGAAAGGCGGGCGGCCCAAGCUGCAUUGGACGCAAACGUACCGCCGGCCAGGCUUUGCUUACGAUCCACAUCACGAGGCCUACGUCGGACCCUCGACAUUUUUAUGCCUCGCAUUCAUUCCGACGAGAAUUUGGUCCUUUCCGAGGGCGAGCAGCAUUCAGAGAUGUGUUCGGUGCGCUUGUCCGGGACCCAAUCGUCCUCGCAGUUAUCCAGGGUUCUUCAGCAUUCUGCUACACCUGGCCAAUCGGGGGACGUACCCUACAGCACUCAGUCGCAAUCGACCCUCGACUAGGAACUUGGAGUUGACAGCGAUUGAAAAACAGAAGAAACCACUGCUUUCAACAGCUGCUUCCAAUUACACUAGUUCGGGCCCCCUGAAAUGUUUUUUAUAACUAAAUUAUUUUUCUAAUUCUGAACUUUGGAACAUAUCACAGCUUUUAACGAGAAGGCGGAACAAGCUACAUUAAAGAUCUUUUUUGGCCACCAAUAACGAAAUUCUUAAUUCUUAGAAGAGGCUUAGAAAAAAAUAAAACUUUUGUAUUUUUAGUUCUUCUUACA